GAAAAGAACUGAGAAAUUAUUGUAGGAAGUCGUGUUCGUACCGUUUGUUCGAUUGCGUCUUAUUGCCAAUUGAAAUUGAUUAACAAUAUUGUGGAAUUACAUAAACGAGCCUUUCUCCUCCGAAUAAAUAAAAAAAAAUUAGUGAUUAAAGUGAUUUCCAAAAAAAGGAUAAAUUUGAGUGCAACGAGAAUAAAGAAUUUAUUCCCAAGCUGGAUUUCUAACAUUUUUUUUACACCGGCUGACACAAAGUGAGUUUACUCCAAAAUAAAAAAAAAAGCAUCUGACAAGUGUAAUUAAAAAUAAUAAUUUUUGUGUUUUUGUUUUAAACGCAAUAUCUGUGAUAUUUGUUUUUGUUUAAAUAAAUUAUUAAGAAAUUUAAAAGUUAAAAAAAAGUGACAUAGGUGGAUUGUGUGGGUCUAUGUAGUUGAAGUGGAUCAGGUGAUGACUUGUACAUUUUAAUAUAUAUAUAUAUACACAUACAUUUCAAAAGUGAUUGUCGUAUGGAAAAAUACCGGCUUUCCAGUUUCUGCCCUUUUUUUGUUGCCAAAGCACAAAAAAUCGCCUGACAAGAAAGAAAAUUGACAAAAGGGAAAUUGAAUUAAAAAUCAUGGACCCUCCAAUUACUCGCUCUGACUCACGCCUUCCAAAAACUACAUCAAUCAUUGAUGACUACGAAAUCAGUAAUCAUGUUCUAGGCUUGGGUAUCAAUGGAAAAGUGGUGCAAUGUUACGACAGAAAAACGAGAGAAAAAUAUGCACUCAAGGUUUUACACGACUGUGUGAAGGCGAGAAGAGAAGUUGAGUUACAUUGGAGGGCAUCAAAUUGUAGACAUAUUGUUCAAGUUAAAGACGUUUAUGAAAAUUCAUAUAGUGGAAAUAAAUGUUUACUGGUAGUUAUGGAAUGUAUGGAAGGUGGAGAACUUUUCCAAAGGAUACAAGACAGACAAGACGGACAAGAUGGAGCUUUCACAGAACGAGAAGCAGCACAGAUAAUGUACGAAAUUUGUGUGGCUGUUAAACACCUUCACGACAUGAAUAUUGCUCAUCGCGAUCUCAAACCAGAAAACCUGUUAUAUUCAAAACCAGAUAGUUUAGGAAUUUUAAAAUUGACCGAUUUUGGAUUUGCGAAGGAAACACAUUUGAAAGACACACUUCAAACGCCUUGUUACACACCCUAUUAUGUCGCGCCUGAAGUUUUGGGUCCAGAUAAAUAUGACAAAAGCUGCGAUAUAUGGUCUUUGGGAGUAAUUAUGUAUAUAUUAUUAUGUGGAUUUCCACCGUUCUAUAGUAAUCAUGGAUUGGCAAUAUCGCCAGGAAUGAAGAAACGAAUAACAUUAGGUCAGUAUGAUUUUCCAGCUCCUGAAUGGUCCCACGUCAGCACAGAAGCUCGAGAUCUUAUCAAAGGAAUGCUGUGCACUGAUCCAGCUCAAAGGCUACAAAUUGCCGAAGUAAUGCGCAACAAAUGGAUCUCUAAACACACGGAAGUUCCAGCAACGCCUUUACAUACAGGACGAGUUUUAAGAGAGGGUGAGGAACUUUGGCCGGAAGUUCAAGAAGAAAUGACACGUUCCUUAGCGACAAUGCGAGUUGAUUACGAUACAGCUAAUUUAAAACAAUUGGAUAAUACAAAUAAUCCACUUUUAAAUAAACGAAGACGAGCAAAACAAACGGCACCAGUUCCUCCGGCAGCAAAUGUGAGUCCAGCUUCCUAGGGGGAGGUUCAAAAUUCAUCGAAUUCAAAAUGGAUUCAUUUUUUAAGACGAUGCAUCAAAUGCAUCAUUUUUGUUAUAAGAAUCGUAUUCUGAUUUCUAUUUUAUUUUUUUUUCGUAUUUUAUUUUUGGUUACGAAGACUAUAAACUGCCGAUGAAAAGCUUUAAAGCAACAAAAAGAGAGAUGUAAGUACUAUAUAUUCUUGUCGAAAAAAAAAACCUUCUCUUUAAUAUUUGAAAUUAUUUUUUAAAAAUAGAAUUUUCGAAAAUCAAAUAAUUUAUUUCAUUAAUGGAAUCUAUUGAUUAUUAUAUUUUAAAGAUAAAUUUAAUUUUCAAGUUUAAUUAUUUAAAUAAAUAAUUAUUAUUAAUUAAUUUAAUAAUAAUUUUAAUUAAUAAUUAAACGAUAGAUUUAUAAUUCUGUCCUUAUAGAGAUUUUUGGAAGUGCCUAAACUGGAUGAUCUAUAUACAGCGACAGAUUUUAAUAUUAUAAAGAAAUUAGAUUUGUUCACGAAAAAAAAAAAAAAAAACGCUUGUCAUCAUUGUGCUACUUAAAUAUAUCAUCGUAUAAGUAAAACUUAAAUUGUACAUUGAGAUUAAAACAGAAAUUGCUCUAUAUAAUAAUAUGCUAUGCAUACGAAUAUAUAAUUUUUAAAUCACGUCAAAAAAUUAAAAAUUACAGGAAAUUAAGAACAAAUUAGUCACAAACUGUAAUAAUUAUUCGAAAUUAAUUUUUCA